UGCACUUCAUAGAGACACAACACUUGAGCUGCACACAGUCGGGGACAGAUACACAGACUGUGAAUCCGGCUCCAAGUAUUUUGCAUGUCUCUCCGAUCAGACACCACCGUGUGGAUUAGUUGACACCCGAGCCCUGACGCGCACACCUGUCCGUGCACGGACACACACACACACACACACACACAGCCGAGACAAUGAUGGCGGACUGUGUCGGCUUCCAGGCGCAGAUUGCCUCGAUCAUAGAGAUACUGGCCAACUCUGCGGUGGCGGAGAUCUGUAAACUGGUGGACGAUGGCUUCGCGGCGCUGCGUUCCAAAAUGGAGCAGGAGCGAGACAAGAGCGAGAAGGAGAACGACGCGCUGCGGCAAAAGCUGCGAUACAUGGACGUGAAAAUGAGGAGCUACCAGAGGAAGAUGAGGAGACGAAUUCAGCGGGAGGAGUUCAGGCCACCCGAAGGACCUGAUGACCAUCAGCCUCUGCUGUCUCUUCAUGCCUCCUCAGAAGAAAAAUCCUUUCAUCACAUUUCAGAGCAGGGUGAAACCAAGGGGAUGCCUCUGGUGAAGCAGGAGAAAGUGGAAAGAGACAACUGCAACCUGGACCUCAAGGUGGAGGUGAACAUAAGGGCAGAGAGUGGCCUAUCAAAUGCUCUGGAGCCCAAUGAAGAGGUCCUCCAUGGUAAUGUUGGUGACAGAAGUGUCAUCACCCCUUCUACCCCCUCCACCAACCAACCCUCUUCCUCUCCCACUGACUCCACAGUGGAUCUGACCUGCCAACCACGAGCCAAAGAUAAAGCCAUCGAGGUCCUGGGAAACAGUUUGGCAGGCAGCCAUGGGGGCCUCCCGGGUCCUGAAGCUGCUCGCAGGGAACUUGGAGUGAGCCUUACAGAUGUUCCUCUGAAAACAGAGAUCCAGACAGAUGAUUGCAUGGAAGAAGAACUUCAUCUCUCUCAGCUGUCAGCCCCUGUAGCAUCAGAUGAGCCCACCCCCGACCGCCUCCACAGCCUGGGCCUUGACCUGGUCUGGAUGCAGGAGAGGGUCAGCCAUCUUGGUGCAGCGUAUGCGGUAGCACAGUUGGGUUUGGGUAACACAGAAACUGGACACCCCUCUGCCUCCUUUCCCUCACAGGGAGGUGGAGACAUUUUAGAUUGCCCUCCAACUAUGCUUUUCACAGGUGGAGCUCAUGAAAUGGCUGCCUUUGCUGCUUCUUUUGACAUGGCAGCUGCGGCCACCACUGCUGCCGCUGUUUUCACUGCACCAGCUCCACCCCCUCCCCCUUCAGCUCCUUCUGCCAUAACGACCAGCCAGAAGCAGCCUUAUAAGAGCGAUGCUACCUCUUCUAAAGAGCCUGUGUCUUGUGCAUUUUGUGGUCGUCUUUUCCCAAGUGCAGCUGCCCUGGAGCUGCACCAGCGGGUGCACACAGGGGAGAGACCCUACACUUGCCCCCACUGUGGAAAGGGCUUCGCCCAGCCCAACAACCUGCGGGUCCACCUCCUCAUCCACACCGGGGAGAGGCGUUAUCGAUGCACACUUUGCGGGAAGAGUUUCAUCUCAUCCAGCCACCUGAAGAGGCACCGCACAGUCCACACGCAGGAGAAGCCCUACAGCUGCUCGCGCUGUGGACAGUCCUUCAGCCAGAUGUGUAGUGUUCGCAGACACCGGCAGCAGUCCCAGUGUGGACUGUAGACUGACCCCCGGAUGAGGUGGAUGCAAUCUUAAACUGAUCCCCACCUGAAGGGUUAUUCACUCAAAUUCCUUUAUAUGGGAAUUCAUGCAUCUUCUUUAAGCAUGAGCAAACAAGAGAAGGUUGUAUCCUGUGAUAUCAUGACAUGUAUUUUUCCUAAACCAUAGAAGUCAUACAGUGGGGCAAAAAAGUAUUAAGUCAUCCACCGAUUGGGCAAUUGCUCCCAAUUAAAAAGAUGAGAGAGGCCUGUAAUUUCCAUAAUAGGUAUACUCAACUAUCAGAGACAAAAUGAGAAGAAAAAAAAUCCAGAAUAUCACAUUGUCUGAUUUUUAAAGAAUUUAUUUCCAAAUUAUGGUGGAAAUUUGGUCAAUAACAAAAGUUCAUCUCAAUACUUUGAUUUAUACCCUUUGUUGGCAAUGACAGAGGUCAAACGUUUUCUGUAAGUCUUCACAAGCUUUUCACACACUGUUGCUGGUAUUUUGGCCCAUUCCUCCAUGCAGAUCUCCUCUAGAGCAGUGAUGUUUUGGGGCUGUCGCUGGGCAACACAGACUUUCAACUCCCUCCACAGAUUUUCUCUUGGGUUGAGAUCUGGAGACUGGCUAGGCCACUCGUGUUUGUAGGUGACCAAAUACUUAUUUUACCGAGGAAUUUACCAAUAAAUUCAUUAAAAAUCCUACAAUGUGAUUUCCUGGAUUCUUUAUUACAGGCAUCUCUCAUCUUUUUAAGUGGGAGAACUUGCACAAUUGGUGGCUGACUAAAUACUUUUUUGCCCCACUGUAUGUGAACUCUGUAUUAAGGUGGCUUUCCCUGUCAGACCCUCAACCUUUUCUUCCUCUAUGCAGCAGACAGAGGAUCACAGAGUGGACUGUACAGGAGUGUCUCAGUGUUGACAUCACUCAAUUGAUUAUUUUAUGAAAUGGUCAAGUUUAUGAAUGAACAUCUGGUUUACAUAACUUACUAUGGUUGUAUUUGAGUAAUGAGUUCAUCUGUAAAAUUGACCUAAAAUACAGCAAACUUUGACUACAAUUUAUUACAAAUAUCAAAUCUUGCCUUAUUCAACUGUGGUUUCAUAUUUCCAGACAGUUACAGCUCUGUUGUCUGUUUUAGAGAUACUCAGUGUGCAAAGGGUUUUCAGUUUUUUCAAUGGAAGCAGGGGGGACAUGUUAUCUCAGUUAGCAGAGAAACAUCUACACAUUCCAACAAUUCUGAAGCUACUUUUAUUUUAUGCAAUCAUCAUAUGUUGUGAUGAAAAAUGUGACAUCAGGAUCAAGUGGCUGUUCGUGAGCUGAGGGAUGACGGCACAGUGUUGCUAAACUCUUGUCACAAUAUUUAUUUAUUCAUUCAUUUUAUUUUAAUUGCAAGGGACAAUGUACGAAAUAGAAUAUUAAUUUGCACAUGAUCUGUUGGACAAGAGUUAGAUUAAAAGUCAUCUGACUAUGCAAAGUGACAGAGAUACACUAAACUAACAGGAAUCAAUACAAAAUUACACACAAUGGUACAUCUUUCUCAUACACACGCACGCACACACACUCACUCUCUUAAAAGGGGUUUUAUUUGGUCGUUUCUUUCUUACUCUUGCCGAGGGUUACGGGCAGAGAAUAUCACACCUUGUAAGCCCUAUUGGAGAGAUUUUGAUUUGUGAAUAUGGGCUUUACAAAUAAAAUGUGAUUGAUAUGUAUCAUAAGUUUUCACAUGAUGAGAUGGCAGGAACUGCUUCUUAGCGAGGGAUCGAAUAUCAGAUUUAAGUAGCUAUGAUGAUGCUAUUCACAACCUGCCCAAACUAAUCACUACGGGUCGAGCCAUGCAUGGAUUGCAAAGAAAGUAUUUUGGCCUUCGUAUCAAACUCAGCAGUGAUCCCAAACACAUAAAUGAUUAGUUUUUCUGUUUUUGUUAUACAAAUUCCUAUUUAUUUCCUUCAGCAUUUUUACAAUGUAUUUUACCAUAUGUCUGAUCUACUCUCUGACAGUUACUGAGACAAACUAACACUUUGGAAAAAUAUAUGUCCACAGAAGCAUUAAGAUUCCCUCAUAAAUUCCCCUUCAGAUAAAGGUUUCAGCCACUUAGAUAUUAUCUUACAUACCUAAAAACCUGCCUGUACAACUGAAUUUUUUUCUUGUGAAAGCUGAAAAAUCUGGAUAUGACAGCAGUGUUUUAAAAAAAAAUGUAGUUGUCAUUUGUUUUGUGUUUUUGUAUUUAUGAAUUGUCUCAUGAGUCUUUAUGCAGCCUGGAGGCUGGAGUUUCCUCACAUCGGCUUAACACUGUCUGAUAAAGCUAUAACUCUUUAUGCUAUCUGGUCGGACUUUCCGCUUAUGGAAUGCUGUCUUAGUCAAAAUUGAAUUAAUUAAUUAAUAGGUAGAUAAAAGAAAUGAAUAAAAAUAUGGCUAUGAAAGUAACCAUAAAAAUAUAUGGCAAUAAAUAUAGCAGAACAUAAAUAUUUAACUGAUCCAUUUUCAAAAAUAAAUAAAUACAAUUACUUAUUUCAAAAUGAUGUUUUUCAAAAGACGACAUUUGAAGAAAAUCGAUUCAGUUAUAUAGUGCUUUUUUUUAAUUUAUUUUUUUACUUAGAUUCAAACGGCAUUUCAUACAUAAAAGGGGAUCAACACCUACUUAGAGCAUCAUUAACUGGAAUACAUUGUUCAACAUAGAAGGUUAAGAAAUGAGAAUCUCAUUGCUAAUGGUGAAAUGCUUCACAUCAACCAUCUAUAAAUACAACACCAACUCCUCAUUUAUUUUAUUUGCUGUGGUAGGUGUAAGGAAGCUGUUCCAGUGGAACAGGGAAGCCUGUCCUGAGCAGUACUGUCAAUGAACCACAUUAAGAUUUAUUGGAGACCAAUUUAAUAGCGAAUAAGAACAACUCUGGAGUUGUUGGGAGAUGUUUCUUGAUGACACUAGCUGUUUCUAGUCUUUUUGCUAAGCUAGGCGAACAAUGUGCUGGACUAAUCUGCCUUUACUCAGAAAUAAUAUUUGAUAUAAUAUAUUCCUUUCCUACUGGGGGUAAGACAACAGGAAUCUAUGAAAGAAAAAAAAACUCAAAUUACAGACUUCCUUUAAAGCACUUUAAAUGUCCCCAUAAAAUCCUUAAAGCCAUGAUACACAGUUUGUUCCUCAUAAUGUAUUCGUCCCAUGUAGUCCAAUACUCAUAUUGCUAGAGUAUCGUGAAUGAGUGUUCUUCUCAGAGGCACCUGCUGUUGAAUGGUAAAAUUCUUUGUUAAAUCAACCUUGUAAUUCAGACCUGCACUUUCUCAUGUAUGAUGGUGUCCUGAUUAUAUGUUGUGUUCUGAUGAUUGCGUCUGUCACACUCACUGUCUGUAUACAGUAUGUAUGUAUAUGGAGGGGUACAUGUAAUGAUACCCCUCUGCUGCUUUGUUUCCCCAACUGGGCAGUGCGAUUAGAAUAUUUAAUUUUUUUAGAUACAAAGCCCAGUUGAAGUUGACUUUCAAUUGUUAAAACCUGUUCACAGGUUGAAGCCUAAGCUGUUACUGUUUUUUCAUCUUAAGUAUUGUUCUCAAUGAAAUAUCAAGGAAGUAUGUACUGUAAAAUGAUGCAAAGUAGAAAAUAUAUCGAACGAUUGUGUUUUUGUGUGUUGUUGUUUGGAUGUCAUUGGCACUAGCUGUAGGGAACACAGCUAUAACAAAUAUGUUGUCAUUUAUUAUUCGUUCAUGACCUUUUCCAGUGUUUUAAAAUGUAUGGGUAUCAUUAAACAUGUAAAUGGUUUUGUGCGAUGAAUCUGCCUGUGCUGUCGGCACAGUGCUGCUAUCUUUCAGUAAUCUGGACUACUCAUGGAUUCUAAUUUGUUUUCAGAUGUUCAGAUUAAAACAUGCUGGCAGGAGGGGGAGUUAUUUGUCUUUCAAAUGACAAAAUAACUGACGUCCAGUAUGUAUGCAUCAAGUGGUGUUUGAAAGUCAUAAACUAAAUCAACCACAAAUGUACAGGUUUUAUGUAACAACAGAUUUCCUCCGUUUGUUAUGCUACAUUAAUACAAUUAUACUAAAUAAAUUCUGUGCAAAUAA